UGACUCCUUCCUUCUCUUUGCAGCUCCUUGCUGUGGUCUGGAGGAAGCAGCUGCCUGGGUUGCUGGGAUCCCCGAGGUUGGGUCAGGACCCUCAACGGGGCAACUGGGGCUUGGGAGGGAGACAGGGUGAGUUAUAGAGUGGCCCCUGUCUGGGAAGAAGCGUCCGGGCACCUGGCAGGAGAUAGGAUUUAGGCAGAAACCAGGCUGGGGGCAGCUUGGUUAGGGAUCACCACAGAUCUGAGAACGGUCUGAAACGGGUCUCAGGGCCAGGCCCCAGGAAGGGGCAGCCAGCCUCAGGAGGGUGGUUGGUUAGGUGGCACUCAACACCUAGAUGGGCUGCCAAGGUCAUAGACGCAUCCCAUAGUAAUGGAGACCCCUGUAGCGCGUGUCACCCUCCACUGCGGCAGCUGGAGGGACUGUGAGGGCCCAGGGAGCAGGGUCCCCCAUUGACAGGGUAGGGAAGGGUAUGCCAAGCCUUCAGCAUUUCUCUAAGGCUGAGCGAGCAGGUCCAGUGGAGAGGCGUCCUGGCUGGUCUGCAGGUGAGAGCUGGUGAGUAGGAGAAACUCGUGGGGGCCGCUGGAUUCAGCCAGAGACAGAUGCUCCACCAGGCAGCCAGAUGCUGCGACUCAGUCGGAAGCCACUGGCAUUUGCCAUACAGUGAAAGGAGAGGGUCAGUUCGUUGUGCUCUUGGCCUGGGGCAGGCAGGCCGCCUGCCGUGCCUUUAUUUAAGGACCUCUGGGUGAUUGGAGACAGGCAGGCAGCCUGUCGCCUGGAAAUAAUCAAGUGGUCAGCCUGACCAAAUUCAGGACAACUGAAGGGUCCGACUGGGCACUGUGUGACCGGCGGGUUGGAGGCUGUCGUGUGGCUGAGCAGGGAUGGCCAGCUGAUGGGCCACACAGUUGGGGAUGGUGUCAGGAGGUCAGCCUGACCAGCAGAGACGGCUGGCAGGAAGGUCACGGAAGGCCAGCCAGGCAUGGUGCCACCUGGGCGCAGGCAGGUGGCAGAUCUGAGUGGCCUGACACAUUGGGUAGUCGCUUAUUUGGGCAGUGUGAUUGUCAGGACAGGGAGGCAGGGGCCGCUGCAGGGAGCCAUUUGGACAUGUGCAGGGCCCCCCGGAGGCCUCGGAUGGCCACAUAGGGUCUCCCUAUCAGGAGAACCCCCAGAUGGUCACAGUCCCCAAAGACAGCCAGACACCCAGGGACCCAGCCUCUCACAGUCAGUCCUCCCACCCGAGUGACCCCGAUGGCGGCCUCCCAGCUGGCGGCCCUGGAAGGAGUGGACUCCGGUCCCAGGGUGCCCGGGGCCAGCUCCGGCUUCCUGUAUUCCGAGGGCCAGCGGCUGGCACUGGAGGCUCUGUUGAGCAAGGGUGCAGAGGCGUUUCAGGCCUGUGUGCAGCGCGAGGAGCUGCGGCCCUUCCUCAGUGCAGAUGAGGUCCAGGGCUUGGCAGCGGCAGCUGAAGACUGGACAGUGGCCAAGCCGGAGCCUGGCAGGAUGGCAGACGGAGCCCCCACCACCGAUGGGGAUGCGGGCAGCCUAAGCUACUGGCCUGGGCAGUCGGAGCAGCCGGCACCCAUCCUGCGGCUGGGCUGGCCAGUGGACUCAGCGUGGAAGGGCAUCACCCGGGCGCAGCUGUACACCCAGCCACCUGGAGAGGGCCAGCCACCCCUCAAGGAGCUAGUGCGGCUGGAGAUCCAGGCUGCCCACAAGCUGGUGGCCGUGGUCAUGGACGUCUUUACUGACCCAGACCUGCUUUUGGACUUGGUGGAUGCUGCCAUGCGCCGCUGGGUACCUGUCUACCUGCUCCUGGACCGCCAGCAGCUGCCUGCCUUCCUGGAGCUGGCCCAGCAGCUGGGGUUGAACCCCUGGGCCACGGAGAAUAUGGAUGUCCGCGUCGUGCGGGGCUGCAGCUUCCAGAGCCGCUGGCGACGGCAGGUGAGCGGCACCGUGCGGGAGAAGUUCGUGCUGCUGGACGGCGAGAGGGUCAUCUCAGGAUCCUACAGCUUCACGUGGAGUGACGCACGCCUGCACCGAGGCCUGGUGACCCUGCUGACUGGUGAAAUUGUCGACGCCUUCAGCCUUGAGUUCCGGACGCUUUACGCGGCCUCCUGUCCGCUCCCACCUGCGCCCCCCCAGGAUCCCUCGGUCAUGGGGGGCCUGCAGCGGGGCCGCAGCCCGCACCGUGUCUCCCGCCGUCGCUCCGUGGCCCCUGCGUCGCCUCCGCCGCCUGACGGCCCGCUGGCCCACCGCCUGGCCGCCUGCUGCGUCUCCCCUGCCGCCCCGGGGCCGGCACUCAGCGACAUCCUAAGGAGCGUGCAGCGCGCCCGGACCCCCAGCGGCCCCGCGACCCGGCCCAGCCGCUCCCUGUGGGACCUAAGCCGCCUGUCCGAGCUGUCUGGCUCCAGUGAUGGGGACAACGAGCUCAAGAAGUCCUGGGGUUCCAAGGACACCCCAGCCAAGGCUCUGAUGAGGCAGCGGGGCGCUGGAGGAGGCCGCCGCGGGGAGGUGGACUCCCGACCUCCCUGGGGCGGUGCCCUGCCCCUGUCCCCUGCCCACCGCCUCCGCUAUCUGUCCCCAGCCCGAAGGCGGUUCGCUGGGGAUGCUACAUUCAAAAUUCAAGAGCCCAGAGGUGUCAGGCCGUCAGACUGGGCCCCGCGGGCAGGACUUGGGGGGCAACCCUGAACAGGAGACCAAGCCAAAUCUGCUGGCCCACCCAAGGAGCAGUGCCGGACAACUGUCAGCUCAGAGCCCCCUGCCUCGAUGUCCUGCCUUGGACAAGGCUUCUGGCCUUAGCGUCUGUAAAGCAGGAGGGAUGUUUUUCACUUGUUCUGCAACUUGGGGCCAGGAGUGGUGGCUCAUGCCUGUAAUCCCUGCACUUUGGGAGGCUAAGGUGGGAGGGUUGCUUGAGGCCAGGAGUUGGAGACCAGCCUGGGCAACAUAGUGAGACCCCAUCUCCACAAUAAAUAAAACAAAUUAGUUGGGCAU